AUGGCCGACGAGCCUCAUAAGGGCGGUCUCUUCGAGAACUGCAAAAUCGCAUUUGUCCAAUCUAAGGCUCUGACGAGCGUCGCUAUCUCUCAAUACUCUUCUCUCAUCCGCGAGAAUGGCGGCGAGAUCCUCGAACCCGACCGUAGGGGCAAGAUCCCCAUUCCAGGCGCGACGCACAUCAUUUCCGACACAAUCGACUUCGACCAAUACACCGAGGCCCUGGCGUUCAUGAUCCCCGUAGUACGGCAUGAAUGGAUCAAUCUCAGCAUCGCCCGCCACAGGCUGGCCCAGGUGCGGCCUUUCUCUCCUGACCCGCGUAUGAUCUUUUCCAGUGUCAUCCUCACCUGUGCCGAUAUCCCCGAGAUGGACAAGGAGUCGAUUGCAGGGGCUAUCAUUGCGCUGGGCGGUGUUGAAUCAAAGGAUUUGACUCGCCAGACGACACAUAUCUGCGCACUAUCCCUUGACCAUCCGAAGUGCGUGGAGGCUAGGAAAAAGAACCUUAAGUGCAAGAUUGUUCUGCCCCACUGGUUCGAUGACUGCUUCCGACUCGGUAAGCGCAUCGACGAGGGCCCCUAUCUUCUUCCUGACCCCGAAAUUCUACGAAAGGCCCCUGAAGAGGCUGUCAAGAUUCCAUCCAGCCAGGGCCUUGACGGAGCGGUGUCAGUGGUGCCGCAAGGCCCCUAUAACACGGAUGGCGGGGAGAAGCUGGUGGUGUUCGAGCAGCGUAAGGUCAUGCUUUCACGGGAUCUGCCCAUUACGCCACAGCUACGCAAGACGAUCACGGACAAGAUCAUUCGAGGUGGCGGCCAGGUCGUCGACGACGUUGACGAUUGCGAUUGGUUCGUUUGCCAGUUUCGUGAUGGCCCUCAGUACAUCCGGGCGUCUCAGCAGGGCAAGGAGGUUGGCAACCUGGCCUGGCUGUACCACUUGAUUGUCUACAACGAGUACACAUCUCCGAUGCGUCGCUUGCUCCAUUACCCGAUACCUCGAGACGGACUUCCUGGAUUCAAGGGCAUGCGCAUCACCAUCUCAAAUUACGGCGGGGAUGCUCGCAUUUAUUUGGAGAACCUCAUCAAGGCAGCUGGUGCUGAAUACACAAAAUCCAUGAAAUCCGACAACACACACCUGAUCACGGCGCGAUUGCACAGCGAAAAGUGCGAGGCGGCCAAAGAUUGGAACAUUGAGAUCGUCAACCACUUGUGGAUCGAGGAGAGUUAUGCGGCCUGCGAGCCACUACCGCUCACGAACCCCAAGUACCAACACUUCCCGCCACGGACGAACCUGGGAGAGGUUGUCGGACAGACUUUCCUUAACCCAGUCGUCCUCCGCCAACGAUACUUCCCUGGCGGCGAGGAGACAAUGAACGAAGAGGCCAAGAUGAAGCACAAGGUUAACGAGCGGGCGCAAAAGAACGCCCUUAAGGUGGGCCUGGACCGCGACUUCAACGUAAUGCAAGAAUCCAGCCCCGCGGGACAAUCGACAAAGAAGACGCGGAGAUCGGCCCCUACCACCGGGGCAUUCAGCACGCCAGCCAAGGGACGGCAUGUCUCUGAUGGCAAGGAAAACGAGACGCCGUCGACCAUGUUCAGCAGCGCCAGCCGCAGUGCCAAAGCACAGGCGCUAUCCAAGCUUCACGAUCUUUCUGCUGAUAUUGCGUUGUAUGAGAAGGAGAAAAAGCGCACCAAAGAUGGUAUCUUUGGCGGCAAGCGGGCAGCUGACCAGAUUGAGAAGGAACGCGUCGUCGAGAACACCGCAAGUCCUGCUAGUGACAAGAGACCUCGCGAAGAUGUUGACGAUAUGCAGGACAAGAGGCCUGCGAAGAGGGCCAAGACAUCGCUGCCCGAAGCGGAUAUGCGCAUCUGCCUGACAGGAUACAAGCGUUGGGCCGGGGACAAGUCCAGCGAAGAAGCCGACAGGAAAAAACUGCGUGCUCUUGGUAUUCAGAUUGUCCAGGACACCGUGCCCUUCACACACCUUGCUGCACCAUCCAUGAUCCGCACGCAAAAGUUCCUGGUAGCUCUGGCGAAGGGCCCAGAUGUCAUCAGCUCUGACUUCGUCACAGCCUGCAUCGAAAAGGGCAAGCGGCCCAACGUCGACGACUACCGCCUGCGUGACAAAGCCGGUGAAGAGAAGUUCGGCAUCACCAUCGAAACAGCUGUUGCCCGAGCGCGGGCCAACCGCGGCCGUCUUCUCUUUAAGAUGCCCAUCUACUGUACAGAGAAGAUCCCUAACGGGCCCCAGGCCUUCGAAGCUAUUGCCAAGGCCAACGGCGCCAUCUUCAUGCUGUACCGUGGGCGUCCGACCAUCAAACCCACGACGCCCGAAGAGGAUGGUGGUGCUCCCCCAGAGCCGGUGUACCUCCUGUCGGGACCAUCAGAGGCCGAGAAGCAGCUGUGGCCGCGGUUCGAGGAGAUGGCGAUUAAGGGCCACAUGGAGCCACGCAUUGUUGUGGCGGAUUGGUUGCUCGAUGUGUGCAUGCGCCAGGAGCUGUUUUGGGAUCCGCGGUAUUUGUGGAAGAAUAGGGAGAAAAAGUGA